AUGAGGCUGAAGCAGGCGGUAGCCGGGGCGUCGUUGCUCCACAAGCCAGUUCCAGGAGCGCCGCUCAUCAUCGAAACAGAUGCCUCAGAGGUUGGCAUUGGCGCGGUGUUGGAGCAGGUGCAAGAGGGCAGAGGGGUCCCAUUAGAGUUCGCGUCUAAGAAGUUCACAGACGCGGAGAGAAAGUGGGAUACGAGAGAGAGGGAGCCCUUCGCCGUCAAGUGGGCUGUAGAGAAGUG